AUAACUUUUUUCUCUAUUCCACACUUACAUGUAUGUUGCAGAGAACUGUACUGACUACAAACUCCAGUUUGAGGUUUUCUCUGUUCCUGGCGAUGUGGCUAUGCUGAGAAACACACUGGUGUCCUCAGACAUCAUUGACUACAACAUCACAUGGUACAACUCAGUGUCAAGCCAAGAAAUCAGCAGUCAGACUGGUCACAUCCUGGUGCACGAGGAGACUCUGUGGAUUCUCAAUGUAACCAUGAAUGACAGUGGGGAUUAUGUGACCAUACUGAGGACUCCUUCCCACUGCUACAGGCAGGCCAGCCGACUGGUGGUGGAGGAAAAACUUACAGGAGAAUGUGGAAGGCCGAGGAAAGCUGAUCAGCUACUUACAAAAGGAGUCACUGACAACCUGAGCUGCCCUCUGAGGAACGAAAUGAAUAAGCUGAACAGCUACAACAUCUCUUCCUCCAUCAAGUGGUACAGAGGUUGUGACCCCAUAGACGGAACAGGCAGCUAUGAGUAUUGGGGUACCAGACUGAAAAUUACCAGCGUGGACCUUCAACACAAAGGCACCUAUACCUGUACUCUGACAUUCACCCUGGGUGGAAUCAAAGGGUCUGUAUCAGAGUCUAUUAACGCAGAGGUCAAAGAGAAUUACUCUUUGGUUCCACAAGUGCAUGAACCCUCAAAUGAAGUAAUCAAAGCACAGCGAGGGUACAACUUCAGUAAAAGGUGCCUGGUGUUUGUGCCGGGUGUUGGGAAGCUUUCCGCUUAUCUUUAUUGGUUGGACAAAGAUGGAUUCUUUGAGACUAACACCUCUCAUCGUGUCUACAUGUUAGAACAGCGUUUGCUGACCCAAGAUGGCUCCAGUAAAGGUGUGUGGUUAGAGACCUGGCUGAUAUUUUCUGAGCUGAAGGAGGAGGACUUCAACAUAAACUACACCUAUGGACUGUGA